AUGAAGGUUCUGGUCACAGGAGCAACUGGAUUCGUCGGAUUUCCCGUGUGCAAGGCGCUCUCUCGGGCAGGCCACAUCGUGUAUGGCGCAGCGCGGACCACGGAGAAGGCCAAGGAGCUCGCCGCCGAGGAAAUUAUCCCAGUGAUCGGGGACUCGAGUGACACAUCCGCUUUUAUCGCCCUCGUCCCAACGCUGGACGUCGUCAUCGACGUCUUCGCGGGCGCCGACGGGACACAUGGGCCCUUGUUCCGCACGGUGCGCGCCUCCGCGCAGGCGACCCGCCCGCCCGGCGCACCCAAGCUCGCGUACAUCAUAACGGGCGGCACGUGGGUGCACGGGGACGACCGCAAGGAGGUCGUGAGCGACACGUCGCCGCUCGCGAACCCGAUCGAGCUGACGGCGUGGCGCGUGUCGGUCGAGAGAGAGGUGCUCGAGGAUACGGUGCUCAAAGGGAUCGCGGUCCGCCCGUCGCUCGUGUACGGGCGCAGCGGAUCCUUGUUCUCGGAUCUGUUCAGGCGGGCGAGCGAGGCGGCGUUGCAGCCCGGUGGGAGAUUUGUGUGGCCGGGGAGUGUUGGUGGGAGGAUCGCGACGGUGCACACGGACGAUCUGGCGGAUCUGUAUGUGCGCGUAGCGGAGCGUGCGCAGAUCUUGGGUGGUCUCGUCUUCGAUGGGGCGAACCAGUCGACGGAGUCGGUCGAUGACCUCCUAGCGAAGCUCGUCGAGGUUACUGGUGCGCAUGGUUUUGACUACAAGGAACCCUCCAAUGCGUUCGAGAGGGCAAUCGCUACCACAACGUUGCUUCGUCCAUACACCGGGAGAGCUUUGGUCGAUUGGGUGCCACGAAAAGCCAGCGUCGUGGACGGAUUAACCACGUAUUAUGCUGCUUGGCAAGCAAAUUUGGGUCAAGGUCCAAAGUUCGAGAAUCGGGAUGCGAAAUAG